AUGCCUCGGCCUUUUGGAACGUCGCUCUCCCUUUUUCUUGCCGCGAGCCCUACUCUUUGCAAAAGCGCCACAUACAUCUCGGAUCCCAACACCUCUAGACUUCUCUCCCCACUGGAUUACGCCGAAGCAGACGUGAGUUGGACUUACCACGCGGACCGAGAUUGUGACCCUGAAGACGGCUUGAAGGAGCAGACUGCGUUGUGCCUUCCAUGUUGUCAUCAUACCCAAGACAAGCCGCCGAGUAUGGAUGAUGCUCCUUUGGAUGAGAAGGCAUGUCAUGCUCUGGAAGAGUAUUCAACCUUUUUCGAUGAAUACCACCUGCUGAAACGGCGUGUUCAAGUUACAUGGCCUACCAGCAUGUAG